AUGACCAAUAUAGUGGAGGAACCAAAACUGGAGCCACAUUUGAAAUAUGUGUACCUUGAUGAUAACUGUACUAAACUCGUGAUCAUUAGCAAUAAUUUGUCCACAAACGAAGAGAAUCAAUUGAUGCGGGUGCUGAAGAAGAAAGAGGUUGUCAAACUGGUAGAGGCCGGGAUGAAUUGUUCUAUCGCCGACGGUGAAUGGAUGGAAUCAAGGUCUGGAGCGUCAAAGAAGAGAAAGGGAGCGAGCACUUCCCGGUCCGUACCUAUCCAGUUUGAUACCGAUAAGUUUGUCGGCCCGAAGCAGGCCGCCAGCGGAGAUAGGAUUGCUGGUACAGCUACAGUCUUUUCAAUGAAUUUACAUAAGCUCCAAAGAUAUCAUAUUCCCAUCGGAAAUUUACCUGAUCACUUUCUUCUCCAUAUUCUUUCGUUAAUGCCUACUAAAGAUGUUGUCACAACUUCCAUAUUAUCCAAAAGGUGGAACUACUUGUGGAUGGAUUUCGGAGAUAGGAUUGCUGCUAAAGCUACAAUCUUUUCAAUGAAUUUAGAUAAGCUCCAAAGAUAUUAUAUCCCCAUCGGAAAUUUACCUGAUCACAUUCUUCUCCAUAUUCUUUCGUUAAUGCCUACUAAAGAUGCUGUCGCAACUUCCAUAUUAUCCAAAAGGUGGAACUACUUGUGGAUGGAUUUGUUUGCAUUUAACUUUGCAAUUUAUCGCAACCAAAGUGACAGCGGAAUUUGCAAUCCAACAAAUCAUCUCUUAGAUCUUGUUCAUAGAUUACUUCACAUAUCUAAUAGUCGUCCAAUUAGUCUCACCAUUGCAAUGUAUGGUAGCGGAAUUACCGUUGAUCCAGUCAAGCUUCAUUGUUUUUUAUCUGAUCCAAACAUGUACAAAGUUGAAGAACUCGAUAUUUCUCUAAAUUUAAAGUCUAAUCCGUUUAUAUUACCACAAAACUUCUCAACUUGUGCAUCAUUCAACAAUUUAUAUUUACAACUUGACUGUGUUCUAAAUGUUCCGAGUUGCAUUUGUUUUUCUAAUUUGAAGAUGUUAAAUAUUUCAUCGGUUACAUUUUCAAACGAUAAUUCUCUUCAAAAACUUCUCUCCGGAUGUGUUGUCCUCCAAGAAUUAAUCAUGUCUGGUUGUGGUUGGAAUAACAUAAAACAUGUUAAUAUUGCAAUGUCAACAUUAAGGAAAUUAAGCAUGGACUUCAACUAUCCAACGGAUGAUGAGCUUUUCGGUUCUAAAAUUGAGAUUGAUGCGGUGAAUCUUUUAUCUUUCACAUGCUUAGGCUUUUUAACAGUUGAAGUUUCCCUUGUUAACCUAGCCUCUAUAGUUGAUGCAUAUAUUGAUCUUCAGAUUUACUUUCCACUAAAUCAACCAUAUAUUGCUGCUCAUGAAAUUAAACUAUUGACUGGACUUCAUCAGGUCAAGUCUCUCUGGCUAUCAAAUGAUACUCUUGAGUGUCUUUCCUUUGCGGAAGAUAAUUUCCAUUUCCUUCCUUCAUUCUAUGAUUUGAAACGUCUUGGUGUGAAUUUCGGAAGUGUUGCUGGUUAUACAAAUGCAUUUCUAAUGGGUUUUCUCAAAAAGACUCCAAAACUUGAAGCACUUGAAAUUCCUAAUGGAUUUGAUCCAAUCAUUUGCAUGGAUGGUGAAGAGUGGAUAAUGAAUUCAACGUUGCAAAUGUAUGAAUUACUGUUGAUGGGAGAAGAAGAAAAGAUUGUAGACUAUGUCUCGAAGGUGCAGAGGCUUAUUCAUCUCAUUAAAGAUUGUGGUGAAACUCUAAUCGAUAAGAUAAUAGUUAAGAAGAUAAUGUAUACAUUAACCUCUCAUUUUGAUCACGUUAUCGUUGUUAUUAAAGAAUCCAACAAUCUUGAAAUAUUGAAAUUAGAAGAUUUGGUUUGUUUGUUGGAGGCACAUGAUGAGGAUUGUCGAAAUGAGAGGUAUUGA